AUUAUCUUUUUAUUUGCAUUUUAUAUACUGAUGAUUUCUGACUGCUACACUGCAGUGCACUGAAAAAAGGAUAUUACCACAACUGCUGAAGACACCUCCCAACAUGCAACUAAGACCAUCAAUUUAUCCCUAGACGGGGGCGUAUGUAUCUGGAGUUGAACAUAGGCUCCAAAAAAUUAUAAGCAGUUCAUGAAUAGCACAAAAGAGGUAUACAUAAAUCCGUGGCAGUACACAUCCAAAAAAUCAAAAAAGAAGAGGCAGCGUGGGGAGAGGCUGGUGGAAGCAUUUGGAGCACUGGUUGAGGAAGACAGAAAACAAGGAAGAUGAAGACAUAUAUCAUUUUGUUUGCAUUCAUUGUGGGAUCUGUUGCACAAGAAGAUUUGAGCAACAAAGCCUUUCUCUUCCCUAAAGAAACUGCCAACGCACACAUCAUUCUAAACCCCAAGGCAGCAAAGCCUUUAGAAAAGCUUACCGUCUGUCUUCGAUCCUACACUGAACUCACUCGAGAACAUUCUCUUUUUUCUCUGGCAUGCCCUGGCUCAGGAAAAGACAACACUUUUCUUAUCUUAUCAUUGCCACCAAACGUCCACUCAGUUUAUGUUAACCAAGAAGAAAAUCGCUUCAAGAUUGACCCAGAGGUUCUGGACUGGAAACACACCUGCGUGAGCUGGAACUCUGACACAGGAGUGAUCCAACUUUGGGUCAAUGGGAAGCUCUAUCCAAGAAAGAUCUCAAAUGAAGGAUUUACUAUUCCAAUACCAACCUUUAUUAUCCUGGGACAGGAUCAAGAUUCCUUUGGGGGUGGAUUUCAAGCUGCUCAGUCAUUUGUGGGUGAAAUAAGAGAUGUCCAUAUGUGGGAUUUUGUAUUGAGCCAGGAAGAUAUACAAAAAGUUCUGGUCAAUGAUAUAAAUGGAAAUGUUCUUAGCUGGACAGCUCUGCAGUAUGAGAGUAAUGGGGAAGUGGUUGUCCCAUUCAAAGUUCAGAAUUUGGGCAGCAAAGUCUUACUCUUUCCAAAAGAAUCGGCCACUGCCCAUGUCAUUCUGACUCCAGAAACAUCAAAACCUCUAGAAAAGCUCUUCAUCUGUCUUCGAUCCUACACAGAAGUCACCCGUCAGUAUUCCCUCUUCUCUUUGGCAAGCCCAGGAAAGGACAAUGCUUUUCUCAUCCUCCAAGUACCACCGAACAUUUGCUCGGUCUCUGUCAACCAAGAAGGUCAUAACUUCAAGACUGACACAGAAGUUCUAGAUUGGAGGCACACCUGUGUGAGCUGGGAGUCUGACACAGGAGUACUACAGCUUUGGGUUAAUGGAAAGCUAUACCCCAGAAAAACAAUACAAAAAGGAUUUGCUAUUCCUUCCCCAACCAGUAUUGUCCUCGGGCAAGACCAGGAUUCUUUUGGAGGUGGAUUUGAAGCUGCUCAGUCUUUUGUGGGUGAAAUAAGUGAUGUCCAUAUGUGGGAUUAUAUAUUGACCCCAGAAGAUAUAAAUAAAGUUCUGCUUAAUGAUAAAACUGGGAAUAUCCUCAACUGGACAGCUCUGCAGUUUGAGAAUAAAGGGGGUGUACUUGUUCAGCCAAAACUGCAGUGUAAAACUUGGGGGUACACAGCCAGUAUGUAUUCCCCAUGCAACUAAUAGAGCAUGGUCCGAAUGAUAACAUUAGUUAUUACCAAACAACUAGGGACCAUAAUUUGCCUUGAUAAUAAAGGUUUCUACCCCAUUUAAUCAUUAUUUAUCAAAUUAUCUAUCCAAACGCCUAUGUAACUUGGUCUGUAGACCUUUACUAUAUAUUUAUAUGUAUACUAAAUUUCAAGACUUAGCAGUCAUGCAUGUGAUAGGAUAACACAAGUAGUUUUAAUGAGUUUAUGUAGGACGCAAUGCCACACAGUGUUUGUUUAGUAGGUGGGCACCCGAUUGAACCAAGUAAGUGCCAAAUUAUUUUUAAAUGGUUGUAAAAUUUACUCCAAGAUGGCGUUGGAGGACUCCUGUCACCAUAACUAUUUCGGCACACUGUAGUAGUCAUGGUGCUUAGAGUAGCCUCUUCAUAAGGAGGUACCCAGCUUGAAGAUGGCUUCCAAUAAUGUCAAUGAUUUUGUUUUGCAAUAAUUGUGUUUUGUUAAAAAUCAAAUAAUACAUCCCAAAUAAUAAUUUCAUGUAUAAUAAUUGAUUGAAUGACAUUAACUUUGUUAAACUGACCGUGCAGUAAUAAAACUUCAUAAAAGAAA